AUGUACUUACUGCAUGUUAUGCGCACCAACAAAUCCUCGCGUCUCGAUGCCUCACCCACCGACUUCUGUCUCGCGUACGAUGCUCGGCUGAUUGCUCAGUCGCGGAAUCGUCCGCAUACAUCCCUCCCAUACAUCCCUCCUGCCGCCCUCCUGCCGUCGGCCCAUCCGUCUGAUAGCGACGGCCGAUCCGACAAGGUCGACGAAUCCGACGAGGUCGACGAAUCCAAACGAGGCCGUCGUCGAGGAUCAACGCCUGUACCUCCACCGAACCCCCCCCCCCCCCCCCCUUGCCUUUCGUCGCCGACGAGGAAGUCAGCGAUGCGUGCUUCCAGGGCCAACCUCGUCUUCUGGCUGGCCUGGCUCUCCCUCGCCGUCUGGUGCUACCACAACUCGGCCGACGACCCGUCUUCGAUCUUCUACAACCCCGCCAAGGCCUACCGCUUGCGCUUCUCCACCGUUCGCACCUCCGAGGUCGACCGUUUCCUGCGGCAAACCAACGUCACCGCUCCCGGGACGCGCCAGGGGCCUCCCCAGCUCUGCGUCGGCAUCCCCAGCAUCAACCGCACGACCGAGUCCUUCCUUGAGCACACCGUCGGCAGCCUCGUCGAUGGCUUGACGGCCGACGAGAGGGCGCUCGUCCACAUCGUCGUCCUCCUCGCCGACAGGACGCCCCAGACGCACGCCGCCUACGGCCAGGAAUGGCUCGGCCGGCUCGUCGACGAGGUCGUCGUCUACGCCGACCGUCUCGCCGCCAACGCGACGCUGCCCGCCGCCAACUACCAUGCGAUUCCCUUUGACGUCCGCGGCGAGCCUCGGGGCGACGGGAGGGUCGAGAACAUGCGGCUCGACCACUCGGUUCUCGUCGAGCGCUGCCGCGGUCAGGAGGCGCCCUACUUUGCCUUUGUCGAGGACGACGUGAUCGCGACGCGAAGCUGGUUUGCCAAGUUCCGAUCCGCCGUCGGCCACGUCGAGCGGGAGACGGAAAGGAGCGGCCGCGACUGGAUCUACCUGCGCCUGUUCUACUCGGAGCUGCUCAUGGGCUGGAAUGCCGAGGAGUCCCUCCACUACGCCGCCGGCGUCGUCGCCGCUUACACCGUCCUGCUGCUCCUCUUCCUCGAGCUCCGGCGACGUCACAAGAUAGGCCCGACGGCCAAGGGCGCGACGCAAAACUUCAACCACGCCGCCGCCCUCGUCUUCUGCCUCUGGACGCCAGCCGUCAUUGCCCUCUUUUUCAUGGCCGGUCGCGUCUCGACCCAUCGGCUGAGCCCCUUUCCCCUCAGCGGUGUCCGCGAGAUGCCCAACUACGGUUGCUGCGCCCAAGGGCUCGUCUUUCCGAACCGCCACCUCGACGGCUUCCAGAGGCUGCUGCGGGAUCCGCCCUUUGCCUUUGCCGGCGAUCAGAUUCUCGAGGAUUACGCCCGCGAUCACGGCUUGAGGAAGUGGGCCCUCGACCCGAGCGUGCUGCAGCACGCCGGACAGAGAGAGUCAUCGGACGGACCGCGCAAGGCCGACGUCUGGAAUUUUAGCUUCGAGAGGCUGCAUGAAUGA